AGGUUUUCUUGUUGCUUACUUACCGUGCUUUCUAGAUUCAUUUAUUACUACAUCUCGUUUCUUCCACCAUUUGGAAUCUUCUAAUUCCGCGCUAGACUGCUGUUAUGGACAACGAAAUGCGACCGGCCCGGCAGUCCCCGACUUUCGCUCCCAAAUCUCCUGGGACUGAUCAAGAUAGCUGGAAGACCGCUCCAGGCUCACCGAGAGAAGACUUCAGAUUCAAUAUUGACGCUAUUACUGAGGAAUGUGGAACAUUUUCCAGUGAUAUCAAGAGGUCCAGUAGGCAGCCACACGCACUGAGGCGGGAGUAUAACGAAAAGUUUGACUAUGCCGAACAUAAUCCAGAUAUAGACGGCAUCGACUGGAGACCUCGCUUCAAAAAUCAGUUUCCAUGGAUCGGUUUUGCAGGCCUCAUGGUUAUCUUUGUGGCAACGGCUACGGCUGCAGUCAUUCUGGUGUCCUCGCACAAGAAGCGCGUCAAAGGCUGGCCGUUUACGAGUUUUCCUGCUCAGCCCAACGUCUUACUCAACAUUGCAAACCAGAUCCAGAAUCUGGGUUUGAUCACUUUAGUCAGCCAUGGACUGGCUAUCGCAUGGUGGAGAACAGCCUUGCGCGGUAGCUCUCUCCGCGUGUUACAUAAGAAUCAUGUAUAUUCGUACAGCUUCUACGCGAUUGUUACCUCCGGCAGAUACUUCAAUCUGAUCGCCCUCGCCGCACUUAUGACCAAAUUUGCUGUUGUGGAUAGUACUCUCGUCCAGAAAGCGACAAGGACGAUUGUGACGCAGCAAAAGGAGUACGCCAAUUCCACCAUGACUGGAUGGAUUGAGAGAGAUUGGCCCGCGAAUUUUGGCGGGAUUCCGGGGGCAGAUGGUCGUAUCAAGACGGUCGAUACGACCUGGCCAGCGUCUUGGAUGCAUAUAACGGCAAGCUCGCGGAUAGCAAGUGGUGCUAUCGAAGGCUUGGGCUUUGCGUUCAACUGCACCACCGGGUACGAAAAGGUUGAUUAUGGGCUACGGCAGUGGGAGGGAUCUGAAUGUUUCGGCACAUCUUACUCGUUGUGGGAUGUCAAGUUUGGACCAUCAUGGACAAACGAAACUAAGCCAUACGCCAGCACCGAUCUUAAGAUGCAAUAUGUCGACAGCCAAGCUGGGAAGGACGAUCGUUCCUGCCCAGGCACUAUGAAUAUUCGCACAUGCGAGAUCAGACCCGCAAUCGUUCGAUACCCCGUUACUGUCAUGUUACCAAGAAAAGAAGAACUAGACGGCAGAAAUAUCGUCACACAUAUCAAGUUCUUCAAUGACGAUCGGUCGUGGAGAGUCGUUACUAACCUGAACAAUAUCACCCAAAUCGACGACUUGAAGGUACUAAAUACCGCCAACCUCAACGAGUACUUCAACGAGACCUCCAUUGUCGGAGCCCUGGCCUACAUCAAAGGCGCCCCCAAGACCGACAGAGACAAAUGCAAAGCCCUCGGCAAGGCCAGCCAAAACAUACAUCCGUCACCAGCAUCGUAG